GUGGUUGGAGGCUUCCAGAAGCGUCGCCGCCGCCGUGCCGCGCAGCUCCGGGCCUGUCGGGUGUCUGGUCUCUGCCCUCGUACUCCCGCCGUCCCGCCGCCAUGCUAAGCGCCAGCAGAGCCGCGGCCGCGCGUCUCGUGGGCACCGCAGCCUCCCGGAGUCCCGCGGCCGCCCGUCACCAGGAUGGCUGGAAUGGCCUUAGUCAUGAAGCUUUUAGAUUUGUUUCAAGAAGGGAUUAUGCAUCAGAGGCAAUUAAGGGUGCCGUUGUUGGUAUUGACUUGGGUACUACCAACUCCUGUGUGGCAGUUAUGGAGGGCAAACAAGCAAAGGUCCUGGAGAAUGCCGAAGGUGCCAGAACUACCCCUUCUGUUGUUGCCUUUACAGCAGAUGGAGAACGACUUGUUGGCAUGCCAGCAAAGCGACAGGCUGUCACAAACCCAAACAAUACAUUUUAUGCUACUAAGCGUCUAAUCGGACGUCGCUAUGAUGACCCUGAAGUACAGAAAGACACUAAGAAUGUUCCCUUUAAAAUUGUUCGUGCCUCUAAUGGUGAUGCCUGGGUUGAGGCUCAUGGAAAACUCUAUUCCCCAAGUCAGAUUGGAGCGUUUGUGUUGAUGAAGAUGAAAGAGACUGCAGAAAAUUACUUGGGUCACACAGCAAAAAAUGCUGUGAUCACUGUCCCUGCUUAUUUCAAUGACUCACAGCGACAGGCCACUAAAGAUGCUGGCCAGAUAUCUGGGCUAAAUGUGCUUCGAGUGAUUAAUGAACCUACAGCUGCUGCUCUGGCCUAUGGUCUGGACAAGUCUGAAGAUAAAGUCAUUGCUGUGUAUGAUUUAGGUGGUGGGACCUUUGACAUUUCUAUCCUGGAAAUUCAGAAAGGAGUAUUUGAGGUGAAAUCCACCAAUGGGGACACUUUCUUAGGAGGUGAAGACUUUGACCAAGCGUUGUUACGUCACAUUGUCAAGGAGUUCAAGAGAGAGACAGGGGUUGAUUUGACCAAAGACAACAUGGCACUUCAGAGGGUUCGGGAAGCUGCUGAGAAGGCUAAGUGUGAACUCUCCUCAUCUGUGCAGACUGACAUCAACUUGCCGUAUCUUACAAUGGAUGCUUCUGGACCCAAGCAUUUGAAUAUGAAGCUGACUCGAGCUCAGUUUGAAGGCAUUGUCACAGAUCUAAUCAAGAGGACUAUUGCUCCAUGCCAGAAAGCUAUGCAGGAUGCAGAAGUCAGCAAGAGUGACAUAGGAGAAGUGAUUCUGGUUGGUGGCAUGACGAGGAUGCCCAAGGUUCAGCAGACUGUGCAAGAUCUUUUUGGCAGAGCCCCAAGUAAAGCUGUUAAUCCUGAUGAGGCUGUAGCUAUCGGAGCUGCCAUUCAGGGAGGUGUGUUGGCUGGUGAUGUCACAGAUGUGCUACUCCUAGAUGUCACUCCCCUCUCUCUGGGUAUUGAGACUCUAGGAGGUGUCUUUACCAAACUUAUUAAUAGGAACACCACCAUUCCAACCAAAAAGAGCCAGGUAUUUUCUACCGCUGCUGAUGGACAAACUCAGGUAGAGAUUAAAGUCUGUCAGGGAGAGCGAGAGAUGGCUGGAGACAACAAACUUCUAGGACAAUUUACUUUGAUUGGAAUUCCCCCAGCCCCUCGUGGAGUCCCUCAAAUUGAAGUUACAUUUGACAUUGAUGCCAAUGGGAUUGUACAUGUUUCUGCCAAAGAUAAAGGAACAGGACGUGAGCAACAGAUUGUAAUCCAGUCUUCUGGUGGACUAAGCAAAGAUGAUAUUGAAAAUAUGGUUAAAAACGCAGAGAAAUAUGCUGAGGAAGACCGGAGAAAGAAGGAACGUGUUGAAGCAGUUAAUAUGGCUGAAGGAAUUAUUCAUGACACAGAAACCAAGAUGGAAGAAUUCAAGGACCAAUUACCUGCUGAUGAGUGCAACAAGCUAAAGGAAGAGAUUUCCAAAAUGAGAGAACUCCUUGCUCGAAAGGACAGUGAAACAGGAGAAAACAUUAGACAGGCAGCAUCUUCACUUCAGCAGGCAUCGUUGAAACUCUUUGAGAUGGCAUAUAAAAAGAUGGCAUCUGAGCGGGAAGGUUCUGGAAGUUCCGGUACCGGGGAACAGAAGGAAGAUCAGAAGGAAGAGAAACAGUAAUAGUGGCAGCGCAUUGUGGAGCCAGAAGUACAACAUACCAUGAAGCUUGGGAGUAAAGGGACUUCCCGAGCAGAAAAGGGGCAAACUUCAGUCUUUUUACUGUGUUUUUGCAGUAUUCUAUAUAUAAUUUCCUUAAUAUAUAAGUUUAGUGACAAUUAGCUAACUCAUUUAAUGGGUGAUUAACUCAGCAGUAGCAGGUUCAUACUGUUCUGUCACUAGCCUGUUAUUUUCAGCCGCAUGUGAAGGGGUGGGAUGGGGCUGUGUACCAAUCAUUAAGGUAUAUCUGGUUUGUGCUGAAGUGGCCAUGUUUUCAAGGUGUAAAACCCAUUUCACAUCCAGUGGAGGUAGUCUGUCAUGGACCUUGAUUGAGACUAUAUGUAGAUCCUUGUUGGCCAAGAGUACUGCUAUAAAAAUGGCCUAUGUGUACAUGGGUGGUCACAACUGAGGCCUUUUAAGACUAAGCAACCUGUGCCAUGGUUUGUAGGUGCAGAAGCUAGGUCAAUGGAUAACAGCUGUGUUAGCCAUAACUUAGAUACAGGAGAGUGAAGUCUCUCGUGGUCCUAAAGCAUACGUUUCUAGCUAUCCUCUUGGCUGGCCUAUGUCUGGCACCUAUAUCCUUGAUGAUUGUUCUUUUCAUCCAUUCUGGAUUUUUUUUUUUUAAAAAAAAAAUAAAAUUCCAACAGCAUCUUGAUUUCCUUUGUAAAUGUCAGUAGCUUCAGGACCAUAACUACACUAUCAGUUUGCAGGGAGAAAUGAAAAUGACUUUCUUUUUUUUUUUUGGUUUUUCGAGACAGGGUCUCUCUGUGUAGCUUUGCGCCUUUCCUGGAACUCACUUGGUAGUCCAGGCUGGCCUCGAACUCACAGAGAUCCACCUGGCUCUGCCUCCCGAGUGCUGGGAUUAAAGGCAUGCGCCACCAGCGCCCGGCGAAAAUGACUUUCUAACAUUGGCUAAAAGUGUGGACACACUGAAGAUGUGGAGGGUCUAAUACAAUAUAUUGGCAUGUAUGCUGAUGCAGAAGCACACCCAGGGCUACAAAGUGAGACCCUGUCUCAAAGGACUAGCACAAACAAAUCUAGUCGUAGUCAUCUAUCUAGGAAAAAUACUGAGCAAGUGCUGUUUGCAGCUUUAACAAAAUUGCAGUUGGUUUAAAGGCAACAGUAUCAUUAGUAUUACAUCCUCAUGUGUGGUUUCUGAGACUUGGAACAGGUGCCCAAAGUUCUUCCUUUCUGCUUUCUCAUCCUUGAUGUGUUCUCACAGCUCUGUCCUUCUGAAAGAUCACUUUGUGUACUUUUUUUGUGUGUGUCUGCAGUUAUGUACACAAGUGCUGACCCCAUGGAGCUUAUAGGCUGCUGAGCCCUAACAGUCGUGCUACAAAGAGCUGUAUGUGCUGUUGAUCUUUUUCUAUAUAAACCCCUUUAUUUUUUGAGACAGGGUCUAUGUAGAGUCCUGAGAUUAAAGGCCUGUACCACCAAACCCAUCUGCUUUCAAAAACAUUUUGAGACAGGGAUGAGGAUAUUAGGGUUUCCAAGACAGAAAAGUACAUACAGCUAAGUAUGCUAUAAGGAAUUAACAGAAAUCCCACACACAACUCACUGUCAUUAAGAUGUAGACAAAAAAAAAAAAAAAAAAGGAAAAGGCCGGGCAAUGGUGGUGCACACUUUUAAUCCCAGCACUCAGGAGGCAGAGGCAGGUGGAUCUCUGAGUUUGAGGCCAGCCUGAUCUACAGAGCAAGAUCCAAGACAGGCACCAAAACUAUACAGAGAAAUCCUGUCUGGAAAACAAACAAACAAAAAAAAAAGAUGUAGACAAAACAGCCAGUGGUGUUUCAGUCCAAGAUUGAAAGGUAAAUGCCCCAGCUGAAGCAAGGAAUUCCAAUUUCCAUGUUCUGUUGGAGCCCCUUAGGUUGCUGAAUGAUUCAUACCCAUGUUGGAAUGCAAACUAUUUUAUUGUAAGGUUCCCCUUUCUAACAUGCUUGGUUAGACCCUCUUCCUCUAAUCUUUCUAGGCUUGGUUUUAUAGCAAGGUAAUGCUAAAACUUCAGGUUGUUCAACUCAAACUUUUAGUAAAUGUUAGCAAAGUACAUACAGAUUCAUGUACGUUCUAAGCUACCACUUGGAUUGUCCUAAGUCUUAAAUUAAAAAAAAAUUAGUUUUA